CCUCUGAAUACCGGGGGAGGGGGGAGGAACCUACAACAAAACUCUUGGUUUAUGAACAUGCGCAUUCGUUCUCCGUAGCUUUUUUUGGUAUUGAAAGGGAGCAUGCGCAUAAUGACGGGAUUGGCCCUCUGAAGUUUGAACAGGACCUAAACGGCUGGUUCUGGGUCUGUCAGUUGCUCACUUUUUUGAAGGAGGCCUAGUUUGCAUCUCAGCAUGUCAAUAGUAACAGUGCAACUUGGUCAGUGUGGCAAUCAAAUUGGUUUUGAAGUAUUUGAUACUCUAUAUAGUGACUCACACUGUCCCCAGGGACUCUGCUCUAAAAGAGAGAAUGAGGUGUAUCAAGCAUCUUGCAAAGAAAGGUUCUUCAGUGAAGAGGAAAAUGGAGUUCCCAUUGCCCGGGCUGUACUUGUUGAUAUGGAACCUAAAGUUAUCAAUCAAACACUAUCAAAGGCUGCCCAGUCUGGCCGAUGGAAAUAUGGCCAGCAUUCGUGCUUCUGUCAGAAACAAGGUUCUGGAAACAACUGGGCAUAUGGUUACUCUGUUCAUGGACCCAGGCAUGAAGAAUCUAUAAUGAACCUAAUCCAGAAGGAAGUGGAAAAAUGUGACUGUUUGAGUGGUUUUUUCAUCAUAAUGAGUAUGGCUGGGGGCACAGGAUCAGGUCUAGGAGCCUUUGUUACACAGAAUUUACAAGAUCACUACUCAAACUCUUUGAAAAUGAAUCAGAUUAUAUGGCCUUAUGGAACCGGUGAGGUUAUUGUUCAGAACUACAACUCCAUUUUGACUCUUUCUCACUUGUACCGAUCUUCAGAUGCCCUCCUCGUUCAUGAAAAUGAUGCUGUUCAUAAGAUCUGUGCAAAACUGAUGAACAUCAAGCAAAUCUCCUUUAGCGAUAUAAACCAAGUCCUUGCACAUCAGCUGGGAAGCGUGUUCCAACCUACUUAUUCUAUGGAAGGCUCAUAUCACUACAGAAGAAAUCCAUUAGGAGAGUUAAUGGAGAAUUUAGUCCCCCAUCCUGAAUUCAAGAUGCUGGGUAUUCGUAACAUUCCUCAGAUGUCUGAGAACUCACUGGCUUACAGUACAUUUACUUGGGCUGGCCUCCUCAAGCACCUGAGACAGAUGCUCAUUUCUAAUUCGAAAAUGGAAGAAGGUAUUGAUUGGCAGGUUCGGCCUCCUUUAUCAGGACUUCCUACUCUUGGUAAAGUGUCUCUCAACAGGGAGCUUCAUUUUAACACUUCCAUUGCUAACUUGGUCAUCCUUCGUGGGAAAGAUGUGCAUAGUGCAGAUCUGGGAGGAUUUAAAGAUCCAGCACUCUAUACUUCUUGGUUAGCACCUGUUAAUGCUUUCAAUGUGUGGAAAACCCAGCGAGCAUUUAGCAAAUAUGAGAAGUCUGCAGCAUUGGUCAGCAAUAGCCAGUUCUUACUAAAACCACUUGAUACGAUUGUGGGCAAAGCAUGGAAUAUGUUUGCUUCAAAAGCCUACAUUCAUCAGUACACAAAAUUUGGAAUUGAAGAAGAGGACUUUCUGGACAGUUUCACAUUGUUGGAACAAGUUGUUGCCAGUUACUGCAAUCUCUGAUCGCCAACAGAGGAGAAAAAGUACCCUAGGUCAUUUUGGGGCUAAACAAUUUUCAAUAUUACUUUUUCUGUAAGGUGUUCAGAUCCCUACCUGUUAAAGUAACAAAGGUGAAUGCUGUUUCCUUUGGCAUACCAUAACCACAGAAAAGGAGGAAAACUUUUUUUUUUAAUUUUUUUUUUAACGUUUAUUUAUUAUUGAGAGAUACAGAGUAUGAGCAUGGGAGGGGCAGAGAGAGA